UUGCCAGUCGGGGGCUGGGCCGCCGCCUCUUCCUCCUCCCGGAGUAGCUGAGCGGGGCGCGCGCGCGCGCGCGCGGGGCUCCCCUGGCUGGCGAGCGGAGCCAGCCCCGCCAUGGGCCGCUCCCCGAGCCCGGCUGCGGCUGCGGGGUCCCGGGCGAGGGCGUGAGCCCGCUGCAGUCUCCGAGCCUCCGCGGCGCCGGCAGGAUCAAUGAUGGUACAAGCAUGAGUCUGAGAAACAUUCCUGUUUGCAUUCUGCAACCUCCCUGUAGUGAUGGUUUUGGAAGGUACUAUAUGGGAAAACAGAAUGAAGGAAAUCAUGUCUAAUAACAACACAACCAAUAUAUCUCAAGCAAGAAAAGCUGUGGAGCAGUUAAAAAUGGAAGCAUACAUGGACAGGAUAAAGGUAUCCAAGGCUGCAGCUGAUUUAUUGGCGUACUGUGAUGCUCAUAUUGGAGAAGAUCCCCUUAUUAUACCAGUGCCUGCAUCUGAAAAUCCCUUCAGGGAGAAGAAAUUCUUUUGUACUAUCCUUUGAGUCAGUCUGUAAUUAAAAAUGUCCUUUGUGAAAAUCCAUUACUGAUGGUGCAUGCUUUUAGCAUUAGAUUUUCCCAGAGUUAUCAACAAUUAAACCCACAGUUACAACAUUUUUAGAAGCACAAUACAUUUUUAUGGUAAAUAAGUGGUUUACAUGCAGAUUUAGGAUAUCCUCACUUUCCUGCCAAUGCAUAAGUUUAAUAAUUUCAGUUAUUAAUAAAGAUUGUUUUGAUUUUCAAUGAAAGAACCAAAUAUAAUAUUAAAUGGUAGAUAUCUUUGCCAGUCAUAGAUUCUUCUGAGACCAAAAUCAGUCAUACAUAUUCUUGAACCUAUUUUUAAUUUUCAUUUUCGUAAAAGGUGAGUAAUUUAUUUUCAUUUGCCUUGACAAAUUUAUAUCUAACAAAAGCAGAAUGACCUCUCUUGAAGCAGAACGCCAGUUACUGCUGUAAUGCUGCUUGGAAUGGUCAAUCCUGUACAGUAAAUGGUAUUUAUAAAUGUGGAUGUUUAGUGAACACUGUAGCAAAUUUUACUUUAAAACUUGGUGGAAUUAAGCAACAUUGUGAGUCUGAAAUUUCCUUUACUGAAGAAAAUAAAGGCACGCACAAUCUA